AUGCCCGACUUUGUGCCGCCGGCCUCUGCUCCAGUCAAGACGACGACCCGUGUCUCACUCAAGGCGCUCAUCAACCACGACGGCGCCGACCCGCUCCCCGGCGGCAAUGUUCCCUCCGCCAUCGCCCUCGCCCGCAACUCGAGCCAGGUCCUCGCCGUCGCUGCAUCCGGCACCUAUCAAGUGUGCGUCCUCAAGACCACAAGCAGCCCCGAUGAUCGCACUUGCGCCAACCCAGGCGUGCCCUCGGAUAGCCUCGAGACCGUGUGGGUCUGUAAUCCCGUCGCCGACCUCGUUCCAAGCCAAGACGAGGGCCUAGCCAUCUGGGCCGAUGCCCGCUCUGAAACAUCGCUCAACGACAAUGUCGAUCUGUGCAUGCUCGCUAUUCCACGCAUGUUUGGCCCAUCUAGCCUGAGCAUUGUCUGCUCCAACUUUAUCGAUCUCUCCGCCACCAAGCCUGCCACCGUCGUUGUUCCCGACGCGCUUCACGCCGAUCCUGCUGCCAAGCCGGUCAUCACACCCAUCGGCGAUCGCAUCGUCGUCGUCUACCCCAAUGCUGCUGCUGGCCUCACUCUUGUCUCGUGCCCGCGCUCGCUCGCCGCCUGUAGCACCAGGAACCUGUGGUGGCCGCAGGACGGCGCGCCCAUCCACUUUGUCGGCAACGCCACCGCCGAUCGUAUCGUCGUCAUCUCGCAAUCGAUGCCUGCUCCGCGCGUCAUCACCUUUGCUCUCGAUGGCUCGUCCGACGCAAACUACCUCGUCACAGACCUGUUCCACUACCCGGCCGCCGAUGCCACCGUCGUAGGUGUCUCGGCCAAUCCCGACCACGCCGGCGUCAUCGACCUCAUCCUCACCCGCAACCUCAACGGGCAGACCGAGUGGCACAUCAUUGGCUUCUACCCCACCACCAAGCUCCCAAGCCCAGUGCCAAACUGGAUGACAUCCCGGUCGUUGCCCGGCCAGGUCACUCUCCUUGCCGCCUCGAUCGACUACGCCGCCGCUGCUCUCGUCACCCUCGCUCUCUACGACAACGAUCCGUCGUACACCCUCGACCACACCUUCUGCCCCAUCGACACCUCCUCGGCUGCCUGCAAAUCCAGCGAUAUCUCCAUCUCUGACGCUGUCUUCCGCGCGAGACCUACCGAUAGCUUUGGCGCCUUCAUCGACACCGAAGCCCUUCGCGCCUCGCCCGUCGCCCUCGUCGCCAUCGGUGCCCACACCGUCCCCAACUUCCAGCCCGAGGCCGAGGCCCUCUACGCACCAUCCGACUCGCCAGGCUCGUCAUCAGCCGUCAUCCUCCCGUUCACUGUCGAGUUCAACUCGGACUUUCACGCUUACACCCUCGUCAUCCACUCAGUGUGCGGCAGUGGAUGGAUGUCUCUGCCGGGCGCCGACGGACGCUGCAUCACCUGCCCCGCAGGCUCCACCGGCACCACUGCAACAGGCUCUCUCGAGUGCUCGCCGUGCACCAUCGGAACCUAUGGCAUCAUCGAUGAUCCCACCUGCUUGAACUGCCCGUUCGGCGGGACAACCAACGCCGUCGGCGCCACGUCGUGCGUCUCGCUGCCGGGUUUUGCGCCCGAUCCUGCCACCGCCAAUGCCUUUAUCGCCUGCCGGACCCCUGACAUCUGCCCGGGCAACUCGACGUGUGCUCAGGGCUACCAAGGCGACGGAUGCGGAGACUGCGCCCCGUCAUUUUACCCAAGCGACUCCAUCUGCAAGGCCUGCCCCUCAGCCGGCGCCAUCGCCUCGGUCUUUGUCGUCUUCAUCGUCCUCAUCUCCAUCUUCCUCAUCGCACACAUCGUCCUCGCCAUCUCGGUCCACAUCGAGCACUCCGAAAAGACCCGCAUCCGCCACGGCUCGGAGCAUGCGUCCGAUGACCAGGCUUCGGGCAGCGAGUCGAUCGACGGCGACGUCGCCAGCGGCCGCACCCGUCGCCGCGCAUUUGUGCCUGAUCCGCGGACGGGCUUGGUCAUGCUCUGGUCAUUCUUGCAGAUCAUCGGUCUCUUUCGCCGCAUGCAGGGCGUCCAGUUCUCGCGCGGAACCCGCCAGAUGCUCACCUUUGCCGCGACGGCCAACUUUGACGUCGACGCCACGCCGCCCGAAUGCGCCACCGACAUCACCUACGAGACCAAGUGGCUCCUCUGCCUCGCCAUUCCGAUCGUCCUCCUCGCCUGGCUACUCCUCCUCAAGGUCAUGUGCAAGGCCAAGUCCAUCGGUCGCCUUGCCAUCAAGGCCUGGUCGCUCCUGUACAUCCCGGUUGUCUCGCGAUCGCUCGAGGCCUUUGACUGCUCGUGGAUGAAGGCUGGCGACGGGUCGACCAAGCCCAUCAUGGACGCCGAUCCUAGGACCGAGUGCUGGUCCCGGAGCGAAGGCAACGCAUGGAUGACCCUCGCUGUUGUUGGCUCCAUCGUCGCCCUCACCUACGGCAUCAUCUUUCCGCUCUACGCCUCCUCGCGCGUCCGCCAUCUCACCCGCUCCGGCGUCGGCGUCGCCGGCUCGAUCUGGUCCUCGCUCGUCAGGCCCUACCGUCUCGGCGCCCGUGGCUGGGAGUUCCUUGUUCUCAUCCGCAAGGCCUGUGUCGUUGUUGCCGUCAUGUUUGCCUCGCGAUCUGCCUACUCACAGGUCAUCGUCGUUCUCAUCGUCUACGCCAUCUCGCUCACCGGCGCCACUUUCUGCCAUCCGUACCGCGCAAAGGUGUGGAACCUGCUCGAGCUCGGCCUCCACUUUGCCAUCUUUGCAGCCUCGGCCGGCGUCAUCAUGCUCAUCGAGCACGGUUCCCGCCGCAACGGCUCCAUCGUCGUCGCCCUCGGCGUCAUUGCAGGCCUAGUCAUGGGCAUCGCUGGCAUUGCCUGGGCCUGGCGCGCCCGCAAGGCUGCUGAACGCCUCGGCGCCCUUGACGCCGGCCUCACCCGCAGCCUCACCCUCUCCGUCUCAGGCCUCUCGCGUACCAAGACCCAAUCGGCCAUGUUUGCCGCUCCGCCCGCCGACUACGCCGACCACUAUCUCAACACCAGCGCCAACACCAGCGUCACCUUUACCGCUCACGACCGAUACGCAGACGCCUCCUCCUCGUCGUCAUCGCCAUCGUCAUCGUCCUCGUCAUCGUCCUCGUCAUCAUCGGCGUCUUCGUGACCGCAGUGGCCGACGAGUUUGUAAACUUGUGUUAAUCUCACA